CUCUCAAAUCAGACCAAUCUUUCAGACCGGUCCCUCACAGCCUCAGACUCAGUGAUUCACUGCUCAGCUGCAGACAUGGUCAUCAGUGUUGCCCUCAUCUGGGCCGUCGUUGUGGGUCUCUGCUGCUGCCUCUGGCUCAUUUUGGGGAUCCGCAGGAGACUGCCUGGGGAACCUCCAGUAGAAAAUGGCUGGAUCCCCUACAUGGGUUGUGCUCUUCAGUUCGGCGCUAACCCGCUAGAAUUCCUCCGUAGCAGACAGAAGAAAUACGGCCACAUUUUCACGUGUAAAAUCGCUGGAAGUUAUGUCCACUUCCUCUGCGACCCGUUCUCUUAUCACGCCGUCAUCCGUCAAGGGAGGCAUCUAGACUGGAAGAAGUUUCACUUCGCAGCAUCUGUCAAGGCAUUCGGUCAUGAAAGCAUGGACCCAAGUCAUGGCUACACCACAGAGAACCUUCACCAAACCUUUCUGAAGACUUUGCAAGGUGAAGCUCUUCCGUCUCUUAUAGAAAACAUGAUGGAGAACCUGCAGACUGUCAUGCUGCAGUCCAACAUGCUUAAAUCCAGCAGCUCUGAAUGGGAAGUGGACGGAAUCUUUGCUUUCUGCUACAAGGUCAUGUUCGAGUCUGGCUACCUCACGCUGUUUGGAAAGGAGCUGGAUGGAGACAAGACGAUUGCAUGCCAGCAAGCCCAGAAAGCACUGGUCAUUAAUGCUCUGGAAAACUUCAAGGAGUUUGACAAGAUUUUCCCAGCGCUAGUCGCAGGUCUCCCCAUCCACGUAUUCAAGAGUGGCCACAGUGCACGUGAGAACCUCGCCAAAACCAUGCUGCACGAGAACCUCAGCAAACGCACCAAGAUUUCUGACCUAAUUUCUCUGAGAAUGCAGCUCAAUGACUCAUUAUCGACCUUCAACGAGCUGAGCAAAGCCAGGACUCAUGUCGCCAUCCUGUGGGCCUCACAAGCCAACACCUUACCUGCAACGUUCUGGACUCUCUUCUACCUCAUCAGAUGUCCAGCAGCAUUAAAGGCAGCUACCGAGGAAGUAAAGAACAUGUUUGAGCGUUCCAACCAGAAAGUUGAUCCCAAAGAUCCUAAACUGGUCCUAACCAGAGAACAGUUAGACAACCUGCCAGUUCUCGACAGUAUAAUAAAGGAAGCGAUGAGGCUGUCCAGUGCCUCUCUGAACGUCAGGGUGGCUAAAGGAGAUUUCUUGCUCCAUCUGGACAAUAUGGAAUCGUACCGGAUCCGUAAAGACGACGUCAUAGCGCUGUAUCCGCAGAUGCUCCACUUCGAUCCUGAGAUCUACGAGGAUCCUCUGACAUACAAGUACGACAGAUUCUUGGAUGAAAAGGGACAGGAGAAGACGUGUUUUUAUCGAGGAGGACGUAGACUGCGGUACUUUUACAUGCCCUUCGGCUCCGGAGUCACCAAAUGCCCAGGGCGAUUUUUUGCAGUUCAUGAGAUUAAGCAGUUUCUGUCUCUUGUGCUGGCCUACUUUGAGAUGGAGCUUUUGGAUUCUGAAGUAAAAGUUCCUCCUUUGGAUCAGUCCCGUGCCGGCCUCGGCAUUUUACAGCCCACAUACGACGUUGACUUUAAAUACAGACUAAAAACUCAAUAGCAACUUCAUCUUUAGCUCAUAUUUAAUGUAAAUAUUGUAUAUUUUUGUUACUUGUUGAUAGUUUAAUUUAAAGUCUUCUUGAUUGUUUCUAACAAGUUACUGUAAUAUAAAGUUGAUGUUUCUUGUUUUUGUGUCCAAACCAGUAUAAAGCUUCACUUAGGAGAUAAUAACAGCAACUUCAUUAAUAUCCCACUGUGACAGCAAUGAAAUGUAGCUUUGAAAUGAUUUUAUUUUUGCACUGAUUUCUUUUCGAGGGCUCUUGAAUGCUGUGUAAGACGUCUCUGCUGACUGAUAUCAGUAAUAUUUACUGCCAAGAGUUAUAGAAGUGAUCUAUACUGAAUGAAUGAUGUCAUAAAAUGGCUUUGUAUGAACAGUGAGAUUAUUGUAACAUGAUCAUUUUCUCUAAACAGAAUUAUUGUCAGGAUUUUGGAUGGACGUAAUGUUCACACUUCAUUUAACUUAGAAUUCAAUUAAAGUUCUUUUUUAUAGUUACAA